CGAUUCCGAGAGAGUUGCCAGUUGGGUGCUCAGAGUUAUCAUUAUUUUUUGUAAAACAUAAUUUUAUCAGCAACCCACACGUAGGUUUCCCUUCAAGAUUGCCCUUUACUGGAAGUGCAAGUCCAUUAGGCGAUUAGCUGAUCUCCAAGGAUUAGUACAUGGGAUUAUGCAGGUCUAAAUGAUUAUCGAUGCAUCAUGAACCUUGAAUCAUAGCAAGAUCAACGACAGACAAGCACAAGCCUUCAAGCAGUAUGUACAGUACAUCACAGGCAUUGCUUUGCUGAAUUUGCACAUGUAGACUCUGUACACUUCCACAGAUCUGACAAAGUGACCUUUGACCUCCAAGGAGGUGUAAUGCCGAUCUACCACGAGAAGCAGCGUUGGGAGCUGUGUGCUCUCCAUGCCCUCAAUAAUGUGUUCCAGGAUGCCAAGGCUUUCAAUAAACAAUCCAUGGACGAGCUCUGCCAGAGCUUAUCGCCCGGUACGGUACUGAACCCACACAAGAGCAUGCUGGGACUGGGUAACUAUGAUGUGAAUGUCAUCAUGGCUGCUGUUCAGAGGAGAGAAUGCGAAGCAGUUUGGUGGGAUAAAAGAAGGAGUUUGGAACAACUUGAACUGGACAACAUCCUGGGUUUCAUCAUGAACGUACCCUCGCCCAUCCAGCUCGGCUUCGUCAGCGUUCCCAUCCGCCGCAAGCACUGGAUAGCCCUCCGCCACAUAGAGGGCGCCUUUUACAAUCUGGACUCCAAACUUGGCAAGCCGCAGACGAUCGGCGCCACCCCCGCAAUAUUCCUGGACUUUCUCCGCUCCCAGCUCAAGCAGAAAGGCUGCGAACUCUUGCUGAUCGUGGAGAGGGAUGUCUGCGAACUACGCACAUGGCUGCACGAGCCAACAUCUUGAUCUUAAGCCAGGAUCUUAAAUCAUCGCUCCGUCAUCUCUUGUUGCCAUCAAGAAACGGGUGUCGAGAUUCCCAGCAAUGCACUUCAUGCAAUCUCAAGCUACUUCAAGCAUCGAGCAAAUCGUUUGUGUGUUCGAUGCAUGUCAGUUCCUGUCUUUUACUAGUAUAUCGUGUAGUUGUGCGUUGACAUGUAACAGCCACACUCGGUCUCUGCAUUGUAUAUGCCUAUCCUGACCCUGAUGUUGAGGUAUACUUGCAUAGAGGAUCUGAGUUGGAGAUGGCCACCAAAGCCAUCAAGGUUCUACAAUGCAUAGUCGUCUACAAGAUACACUCUGUGGACCCUACUGGACUUCCCCUCAUCAAGGUGAAAGUGGAAAAGCGGCAAUUUUUGUAUUGAUAUGUAUGUAUCUUGGCUUAUAAGUAUAUAUAUGUAUUUCAGGCGAUGGAACUAAGGACCUAGCAUCUAUUGCUAAAGGUCAUCAGAAAAACAUAUAUAUUGAUACAAAUAAAACUGCCCAAGUCAAAUCCUAAGGACCACAGAAAUUUAUUUGAAAUAGAGGAUGUAAAAUAGCUAUAGUUACAUUUCCCGGUUUUGAAAAUAGGUCGACUUAAAUGAAUAUUCACGUGCCGAUGAGGAAAUGAUAAAGGUUGACUUACAGCAGAGCAGAGUCCGCUGUAUAGGAUGAUCCUGCACGUCAUUAAUUUCCUCACAUAUCUACCUGUACAUGUUCUUGUACAGGUAUGUGAAGAAUGUUAAUAGGUGGUGAACUUCAUUUGACCUUUGUAAUGUAUCCUGGUGUACAAUAUUACAUCCUUCCCCCUAUGCACAUUUCAGAAUAUGAAUGAAAUGCUAUUAAACAUUGCUUCAGAAAGUCGGGCAUGGUCAUGGGGGAGGGGGGUUAGCAAAUUUUGAAAUCCUGAUGGUACAAAAAUCGUAUUUAAGCAGAGCAGGUAACUAUAUCAUGAUACCCUCAAAAUGUCAUUCUAAAAUGCACUAAAAGAUGAAUUCUGGAACCUAAAAUCAGACAAUUUUCUGCUGGAAAUGGUUUGAAUGAAGGUCUAACUGCAUUGAUGUUACAAUCACAAACUGCCAAACUUUUAUUUGCAAUGCAAGUUGCUCUUGAAGACUAAAUGGAGAAGGGGACCUGACCAGUGUAUUUGUAUUAUAUUGGAUAGAUCAGAAUGGGAUACUAGAGAUAUUACUUGAUUUAGGGCCAAAAUUCCAUGAAUCACAGAGGAGUUGAAUAUUGGCCCGAACAAGUGGAAUAUCUAUGGUAUUCCAAGCUUUCCAUUAUGAUGAUUAUUAUCUAUUCCCUAAAACGUAAUGCAAGCGAGCAAAUCAUGUCACUGAACAUCACAUGCAGAUGUAGCCCCACUUCGUAAGAGCAGUUUGAUACAAAAAACAUGACUUAAAUGUGGCUCUUUAUGACAUUAUUUAGUAUCACUGCGCACUAAGAUGCACAUUGCAUUUGCGUGCACAUUAAACUGUUCAAUAUGGUACAGUAUUGAACAACAAUCAUUCUUUAGUUUGUACGGGAGAUCAUCAGAUUCCGGUGCUUUGUGCAAUAGGCUCUCAUACUGCAUCUAUAGGUAAAUGAUACACACCAAAGUAUGCUGUUUUAAUGCAUUGUUGAAACACUCUACAAUGUACGAAAAUGUAUACAAUAUUCCUUGCCAGUUGCUACGGAGAAACAUCAAGUGCCACUUGUAAGGAAUUCCACAUAUAGGAAACAAAAGGUUCCCUCAAGAAUAGGUUUCUGGACAUUAACACCCUACAUGGAGCUCCUCCUACUUUGAGAUGAUGUGACAUAUCCACACUGAAUUUUGGGGGCACAAUGUCAUACUCAAUAAGGUCUGGGGCACAAUGCAACUUGGUAAAGGAAUGAGGCACAAUGUCAUCCUGGAUGAGGUCCAGGAACAAUGUCAAUGUGGAUGAGGUUGAGGGCACAAUGUCAACCUCAAUAAAGUCAGGGGCACAAUAUCAACCUGGAUGAGGAAUGAGGCACAAUGUCAUCCUGGAUGAGGUCCAGGCACAAUGUCAAUGUGGAUGAGGUCGAGGGCACAAUGUCAACCUCAAUAAGGUCAGGGGAAUAAUGUCAACCUCAAAAAGGUGAGGGGCACAAUGUCAUCCUGGAUGAGAUCUGGGGCUCCAUUUCAUGCAGAAAGGGCAAUUUACCCCAAAGUUAUUUUAAAAAGGUAUUUUUUAAAAUUGUCCUUGUUGUAAGCCUGGUAAACUUAAUAAA